AUUUUGUACGAUAACAAUCAGCUGUUUGUGUCACCGCGUGUUUCGUAUAUUUGCUCGGCUUAACAUUUAAUUUUAAUUUAAAAUGAGUGAUGAUGACGAGCAAUAUAAUUCCACUGCGCACAAAAAGCUGCUGCAGGCCAUUAGUAACCUAGGUAAUGUGCAACAUAUACGCAAAUCGACGCGUGAUGAGCGCCAGCCUCAACAGGAUGAGUUCCAGUUGUUCAAGAGUGCAAAAACAACACAACAUGCAACUAAGGCAGUGGGUGUCAACGAUUUGGUUCAAAUAUUGCGCUCGUCCAAGCACAUUGAAACCGGCAAGAAGCUAAAGAAUGUGCAUAGCACCAAAAAGGUUCUUGAAAAGCCACUUGAGAAGCCAGCUGCUGAUCGUAUCAAGCGAACUAUUGGCUACGAAGGUGUUAAAAAGAAACUUGGUCGCUGGGAUGCUGUCGUGGCCAAACAACGUUCCGCUGAGACGCAGAUUUUUCCCAUACCAUCGGAAACGAUAUACAUAAAUACAGCGGCACAUGCAAAGGCCUUAAGGACAAGUAUCAAAUCCGAGUUGGGCAAAGAGCUGGAAGCGAGCAAUAAAAAGUUGCGUGAGUUACGCAAGGCGCAAAUCGGCGACGACACUGAUGAGCAGGCAUUGGCCAAACGGGAAAGCGAGUUAAUACAAAAGAAACUGACCCGUGAUGAGCUCUACGCACGACGCCGGGAGCUUGCAUAUUUAAAGAUGCGCGAGUCUCAGAAGUCGGCUAAAGCGCGUAUGCAAAAUAAGAUUAAGUCCAAAAAGUAUCAUAAGCUGCAGAAGCGACAAAAGAUAUUGGAACAAAUGAAGGAAUUCGAGGUACUGCAAAAGACCAAUCCGCAGGCUGCCCUAGAGAAGCUAAAUGCCUUGGAGAAGAGUCGCGUGCUAGAACGUGCAAGUUUGCGGCACAAAAACACCGGCACCUGGGCCAAGAAUUUACAGGUACGCGCCAAAUACGAUAAGGAUGUUCGCAAAGAUCUUGCCGAACAGUUGGCUGUGAGUCGUCAGUUGACUGAAAAGAAAGUGGAUUCGGAUAGUGAGGACGAACAACAGAGAGCAAGACAAAUGGAAACAAAUGAACAAGAGUCUUACGAUCCAUUCAAUCCCUGGACGAAGUCGAAAACAGCUGUAAAGGACGAACCCCAAGCUGAGGGAGGGGACUCCAACUGGCGAAAAUAUUGGAUAGAGCGCAAUGAAAAUGAAAAGUUGCUGGCUGAGCAUAGUGCUGAAAUGGAAGCUGCGCAGCUUGAGAAGAAGCAGAUUAAGAAAGCCGCAAAGGAGCCAACAAAAAAGAAGAAGAAACCCAAGGUAGUUGUGGAAAAUGGUUGGGUAGUUGAGGAAGUUGAUGAAGCUCCAGUUAAAGCUAAAACAUUGGAUGACAUAUUCGAUGCUCAAGAUGAAAAUAUCUAUGAUAAGAUAAGCCAAAAGCUAGUAAAGCUUAGAAAGCAAGCAGAAAUGCUGAAACAGCCGACAAAGAAAUCAAAGAAGCUGAAGCAAAAACGCGAUGAACUGAAAAACUUGAAAGAUUUGACAUUCAAGAAGACGAAACAACGUGUGGAAAUCGAUGAGCCACUCAACCAAGAAGAAGUGACCUCUAAACCAGCUGUAGAAGGUGUUAACGACUUGUCUAAAUUAGAAGAAGAAAAGAAACUGGAAGUUGAACCGACAGAAAUCGAUCCCAAUAAGGUGGCCACCAUAACGUGGAAGCAAACGGUGCGCAGUUCGGAUGCCAUGAACAAUGCUUUGGUGGACGACGAUGCAGCGGAAUAUGAUGAAGCGGAUGCUGCGGCCGAGCGCCAAUUAACCAUUAGCGAGGCCUUCGAGGAUGAUGAUAUUAUAGCUGAUUUUAAUAAGGAUAAGACAAACGACUCGGAAGUAAAGAACACUGAACUGCAGUUGGCGAUGCCCGGCUGGGGCUCUUGGGCAGGCGCUGGCAUAUCCCAGAAGGUCAUGGAAAGACGCAAUAAGCGAUUGCUACUCAAGUUGGCAGCGCCCGAGAAGCGCAGGGAUGACAACAAGGACAAUCUCUACAUAAAUGAGACGAGCAACAAACAAGCGCGAACCCAUCGCGUCUCCAGCAUACCAUUUCCGUUCAAAUCCCUGGCUGAUUAUGAAGCCAGCAUUCGUGCGCCCAUAGGACGCAAUUUUGUGCCCGAAACAGCUUUCCGUAUGCUCACACGUCCGGCAGUCAUUACGCGCAAGGGUCAAGUUAUCGACCCCAUGGAUGAAAGCGAAUUGGUCAAGCCCAAUCGUCGUCUGCGUCAUGUGGUGGACAAGCGGAUAAGACGACAGGAGCAAGCGGACCAGGCGAAGCUGCCAAAGGUGGCCAAAUAAGAUUUAAAGUAAAU